GUCCCUUGGACACAGUGGAUCACUGAUCAACGGAAAGAGCCGAAGAUGUCGGCUCGGUCAUGUGUUCAGCUGUGUCCAAUCACAGCUGAUCGCAUGGGACAUCUACACUGAUCACUGAUGAUCAGGGCUCUGAUGAUCAGUGUAGCCCCAGCAGUGCCACCUGUCAGUGUCCAUCAGUGCCAGCUGUCAGUGCUCAUCCAUGCCACCUGCCAGUGCCACAUCAAUGCCACAUAUCAGUGCCUACCAGUGUACAUCAAUGCCACAUAUCAGUGCCCAUCUGAGCUGCCUUUCAGUGUCACCCAUCAGUGCCACCUAUCAAAUGCCAGUAAGUGCUACCUAUCAGUGCUGCCAAUCAGUGACAUGUACCAGUGCCGCCUAUCAGUGCCAGUCAGUGCCGCACAUCAGUGCUGCCUAACAGUACCAGUCAGUGCUACCUAACAGUGCCAGUCAGUGCUGCCUAUCAGUGCCACCUGUCAGUGCUGCCUAUCAGUGCCAUAUAUAAGUGCUGCCUUUCAGUGCCCAUCAGUGAUGCCUAUCAAUGCUCAUCAGUGCCACCUACCAUGCCUCCCCAUCAGUGCAGCCUAUCAGUGCCCAUCACUGCAG